CCACGGGAUGCUGAGUUCGGUCGUAGCGUUUCAGUCGUACGCCUGGCUCCGUUCCGUCGUUGUCCGUCCGCCGGCGUACGUCGACCGUCACGAACCGAUACGCGUGUCGGAUUUGAUCUCGUGCUCGGACUUUAUAUUUCCGUUUUCGGGAUCGUGCCAGGUGGAAUUGUAGCACCCUUUAUUUAUACACACGACACACGGACUCUCUAGUCGCCGAGUCCUGAGCCGGCAGUCCUGCCAACAUGGGGAUUCUCACGUGAGGAGGCGUGUUCCGGGAUCCAGAUCCGAAAAAAAAAACAAAAAAAAAAGAGGAAAGGAGAGCCAGCCGCCCGAUACCGAAUUAAUAAUGCCGUGGGGGAGGAGCGGCGCAGAGGAUCGGCUGAACUUUACUUACAGGGGAUCACAGGGUUAUCCCAGACGUGGACAAAAGUGAAGGCGGCGACGACGACGGCGACACGAUGGGGGUGAACGUGAUAGGGGUGGCCGGCGUGAUCGUGUUUUAUCUGGCUGUGCUCGGCGUCGGGAUUUGGGCGGCCACCGUCAAGAAGAAAAAGGCUCGACAAGGCCACGAAGCAAUGAUGCUGGCGAAUCGCGACCUCGGCCCGGUUCUCGGAGUCUUCACCCUAAUUGCCACGUGGGUCGGCGGCGCCUACGUGAAUGGAACAGCGGAAGUGAUGUUCACCAGAGGACUGGCCUGGUGUCAAGUGCCCUUCGGCUACAGCCUCAGCCUGCUGUUCGGUGCGGUGCUGUUCGUGCGACCGAUGAGGAAGGCGGAGUACAUGACCAUGCUGGAUCCGUUUCAAGAGAGAUACGGUGCCGGAGUCGGCGGUCUGCUGUUUUUACCGGCACUAUGCGGCGAUCUGUUCUGGUGCGCGGCUGUUCUCAGAGCCCUGGGUAGCUCAUUGGCGGUGGUCGCUGGGUUUGAUUCUGACGUCUGCGUCUGCGUGUCCGCGUUUCUUGCGGUGAUGUACACCAUGGUCGGUGGAUUGUACUCUGUCGCGUGCACGGACGUAUUGCAACUGGUCUGCAUCGUGCUCGGCUUAGCGGUGGCUGCACCAUUCUCCUUUCUCCAUCCGGCUGUGUCCUUCGAGAAGAAUCUUGCGCCCCGUGAGUGGCUCGGGGAAAUAAGGAACGAGGAUCUGGGGGAAUGGGUGGACGGCAUGCUGUUGCUGGUGUUCGGUGGAAUACCGUGGCAGGGCUACUUCCAACGGAUCUUGAGCAUGCGAAGCACCACAAUGGCGAUGACCCUCUCGAUCGCGUCGAUGUUCGGUUGCAUGAUCCUCGCGUUCCCGUCCGCGUUGAUCGGCGUGGUGGCGCGAGCCACGGACUGGUCAUUGAUCGAGGGAUUCACAAACAGUUGGCUGUCCUACAACGGGAACCUCGCGUUGCCAAUAGUACUUCGAUACCUGACGCCGCAGUGGGUCUCAUUUGUUGGACUGGGAGCGAUCACAGCGGCGGUAAUGUCGUCGGUAGAUUCGGGGAUUUUGGCAAGCAGUUCGAUGUUCUCUAGAAACGUCUACAGACUCACCCUCAGACCGAAAGCGUCCGACAGGGAGCUUAACUGGAUACUCAGGAUCUCUAUGGUCGUGAUCACGGUACUGUCAACCGCAAUCGCCCUUACGGUGGACAGCGUUUAUUAUCUGUCGUACCUCAGCUCCGAUCUCGUUUACGUGGUGCUGUUCCCGCAACUGUUGACAGUGGUCCAUUGGCCUUCCCUGGUGGACACGUACGGAUGUCUUGCUGGGUACUUUGUGGCAGUUGUCUUGCGUCUUUGCGGGGGCGAGAAAGGGUUGGGUGUGCCGGCGUUGAUCGAGUACCCGUUCUACGACACGGAGACGCAGACACAAAAGUUUCCGUUCCGCACGGGCGCCAUGUUGGCUGCCCUCUUCACCCAGCUCGUGACUAGCUUCUUCACCAGAAACCUCCUCGGGAAGGGCUAUUUUCCGCGAUGCUGCGACGUGCUCAGCGUUUACUCCCCCGGAAAAUCGAAGGACCAAACCGGCGUGGUGCAGAGCAGCUCCGGUGCUGCUUUAAUGGACACUUCCUCCGUUAAUAAAUCGACAUCAGGAAUGGACUCGUGCGACGGGAUUGGGACCGGAAGCUACGACGAGGACCGUACCACCUCGAACUCCGUGGAGGACAUGACCGAUCGCGGGGAAACUGGGACCCUGGCCAGUGGCGAUCACUACGAUCACCACCGCGAUACACCGAAGAUCAACAGCAUCGGUGGGUCCGCGGUGCACAAAGCGAACCAGAGCCUUCAGCAUCUGCAGACCCUGAGGAGCUCGAUGCAUCCGAGGCCGAUACCUACGCCGACCCAUUACACACCGAUGCAGACCAACGAGAUGUCCAGGGGCCAAAUACUGGGCGUGCGCAGCCUGCGUGGCUCGAUCGGUCAGAUGUUGCCCGUGAUCUCCACCUGUCCAGUCGUACCAGUUCCGGUCGGUUCGACGGUGGCGACGCCAUUGACCCCAGGACCGCAUUACGGGCGCAUCAGCGACCUGCUGCCCUCGGGGAACGAGAAAACGCGGGAGAACGAGAGGAUCAGCAUCGUGGAGAGGAGCAACGCCGAGUUUCAAACGGCGCCGGACAGUAUGCUGACCAGCAUCGGGAUGAAGAAGAACGUGAAAGGGGUGAAACUGGUCGGUAUGGAGGGCGGGACACUGCGGAGACCGUCUUUACAGGGCACGUUCUCGCCGACGCCGUCGGUGGAGCUGGUGCACAUUUUGGAUAGAAGACAGAGCAGCGAUUCGUACGGUCCUGGCUCCCUGUCACCCGUCCCUAUGGGAGUGGAGGCAUGCAAAACCCAUGGGACAGCCUUGGAGGGCCAAGGUGGUACCGAACACUGCAGAAUCAAGAGGGGGAUCGUCAGGCACCAUAGCUUCAACGACACCGGCGACCGGGCACUGACAACCCUGGCCAGGCAACCGGCCUAUCCGUCGAUGCCCCUACGCCCGGAGGACUGUCGGAUGACCUUGGUGAAGAAGGACAGACGGUCGUCGAUCGCCCGACACGGGUCCGUGACGACCGAGAAAGAGCUCAGCGGUUGCACGACCGGAUUGGUCGUGUGCAGUCCCACGUACAGCAUGUACAGCUCGGCCGUGAAGAGCUCGAACUAUUUCGUGACCGACGACGAGGCGGUCAGCAGGUUUUGAAGACGAC